UUUAUGGGCAAGAAGUUACGGUCACAAUUAAAUGGUGGCGGACAAGGCCAAGGGGGAUUUGGUCCCUUUAUGAGUCUUUUGAUGGAUGAACGCAUGGGGACAGCAACCAGUAGGCAACAGAACAAUGUGGGAAGGGUGAUAAAGAGAGGAAAGAGCAUCGCCAUGACAGAAGCGUUGGCUAGAGCAGAGACAAUGGCUGGGUUCACCAGAGAGAGUGCUCCCUUCCACAGCACCUGUUUUAUUAUCAUAUAAAAAUCAGCUUGUGUGCAUUUUCCUAUUGAACUUCUUUGUGAAAUAAACUUUUAUAAC